AACAAUCCACAAGUGAAGCAAGGCCGAAAAAGGAACACCGAAAGCCCUAAAUGCGUUCUACAGGUGGAGAGAGACUGCGUGCUCGUGUUUUCCCUCCAUGCUUACCGCCAAGUAAUCUUCUCCAUAAUUCCGGGCUUUUCCUUUAGCAAUAUGGACAAAAGCAAAGCAGGUUCUUUCAAAAAACGUCCUCAUGCUCAAUUUAAAAAGAAAAAGGGCUACAAAAAGAGCCAAAGGCAGAACUUUAACCAAAGUUUCAACUAUGAUCAAAAUGCUGGGAAUCCCGGUUCUGCGGACACUGUCUACCGUAUUCUUUGUCCAAGUAGAAAGAUUGGUAGUGUUAUUGGGACAGGUGGCAGCAUAAUCAAUGCCCUGAGAGAUGAGACCCGUGCAAAGAUCAGGGUUGCUGAAUCUGUUCCUGGCACAGAUGAGAGAGUAAUAAUGAUUUUUAGCUCUGCUACAAGAAAGCCUAGGAGAUACAAUACUAGUGAAGAUACUGAGGAUGAUGGUGUUCUCACUGAGAAAGAACAUGAGCUCAUGCAGCCACAUUGUCCUGCCCAGGAUGCUCUAUUGAAAGUUCAUGAGAGGAUUGCUGAGGAGGAUGAGUUAUUUGGUGGUGCCACAUUUGAAGAUAAUAAUGAAAAUGAUGUAGUCACUGCACGGCUUCUUGUUCCAAACAAUCAAGUUGGGUGUCUUCUAGAGCACCUUCCAGCAUGUGCUAUGAACACUGAUGAAUUAGUGCAGAUAUCUGGAACAUCAGCUGUGGCGAAGAGGGCUCUCUAUGAAGUUUCUACACUUUUGUACCAGAAUCCACGUAAAGACAUUCCUACGAGUUAUCCCAAAUCUGGUGGUGGCUCAGGUUUUUAUCCACCAGGCGGCCCCAUGCUGCCACAAGGAAACUCAAUGUGGUCUCACCACGGAGCCCAUGGUACACCACCAAUGCCAUGGGGUGGGGGAUAUGGAAAUCAAUCUGGAUUUAUGCAGGGUUCUUUUGGAAAUGCUGGGGAAACAUCAGAUGAGUUUUCUUUGAAAAUUUUGUGCUUAUCUAGUAAAAUUGGUGGGGUGAUUGGAAAGGGUGGUAGUAAUGUAAAGCAGUUGCAGAAGGAGACAGGAGCUAACAUUCAAGUUGAUGAUACGUUUCCAGAUGUUGAUGAACGUGCAAUUGUUGUCUCUUCUUUUGAGGGCCUGUGGAAUCCAAGAUCACCAACUAUUGAGGCAAUUCUUCAGCUUCAGGGCAAAACAAGUGAAAUGUCUGAGAAUGGUAUCAUUACAACUAGGCUUCUUGUUCCAUCAAGUAAGGUUGGUUGCCUCCUUGGACAGGGAGGUAAUGUAAUUACAGAGAUGAGAAGGCGAACACAAGCAGAUAUACGUAUUAUAUCCAAGGAUGGUAGGCCCAAGUGUGCAUCUGCAGAUGAAGAGCUUGUCCAGAUAUCUGGAAAUUAUAGUGUUGCCAGAGAUGCCCUGUCGGAGAUUGCUUCAAGACUUAGAGUCAGAACCCUUCGGGGCUCAAAUGCUGCUGUAGAACCUCCUCCGCCACCACCUCCACCUUCAAUGGGGCCUUUUCAGGGAUUUGGUCCUUCAGGAAACUUCCCUGUAAGAGGGCCACCAGGCCCACCACCUUCCAGUAUAAUAGGAGCUGGCAGCUCUGGUGGAUAUGACCAUAUGAAGGGUGCUGGAGGUGAAUAUGAAGCUCCAAAUUAUCAAGCUCAGCCUGCUCCUACCGGAUAUCCAAAUGUUGACAACCCUAUGGAAGUUAAGAUUCCAAACAACGCAGUGGGAUCUGUUCUUGGAGCAGGUGGAAGCAACAUUUCCAAUAUUCAUGAGAUUUCUGGGGCAAGAGUGAAGCUGCAGGAUCCCCUGGCUGGUGGUUCAGAGUGUGUUGUCGAGAUCCAUGGGUCUUCUGAGAAGAUGAAUGCAGCACAGAAUUUCCUUCAGGCUUUCAUAUCAUCUGCUGUCUGCUACCAGGCUAAUUGUGGACAAAUAAAUACCCAUUCAGAUGGCAAGUACUGCAGGAAUUGGCACGCUGUCAAGAUCAUUACAGUUCAAUAGACGUACUGAAAAUUUUCUUAAUUUUCAUGCCUUUUGUUUCAUGAAUUAAGUGUCUGUUUGGCAUCGGUGCUGUUGCUCUAGAAAACAGUGAGACAUCGGCGUUACGUCGAAAAAAUCAGUGAGACAUCGGCGUUACGUUGAAAAAAUCAGUGCUCUAGGAAACGUUAAUA